AUGCUUCUCAUCGUUUGCUUGAGGCUCUGCCUGCUGAUUUUCCUGAGCGGGGCCCUGGCUCGCCCAUCCAUCCCUGGCCCAGCAGCACGGCCACAUUCCCUCCGUCGUCCUUCGAAGCGGCAGGGAUGCAGCUCCGGUAAAGAAGUCACCAUUACGGCGCCAAGCAAGAACAUCUUCCAAGGUCUCACAGAUCAUGAAUAUGCUCAAGUUACUGCUUACCUCCAUCAGCAGAAGGAACUCAACCUGACUGCUGUGGCUAACUCGACCUCUUGGGACAAUGUCAUUGUGACUCUGGACCUGCUACAGCCGAACAAGACCGAUGCAUUGGCAUAUCUCGAAGGACGCGGUCCUGCUCCAGCUCGGUAUGCGAGAGCAACCUUGCAGUUCAAUUCGCAGCUGCAGCCCUACAUCCAGGAGUACAUGGUCGGCCCUCUACCCAUCAAGAAGGGCUCGACCCGGUACGAGGAGCUCAACUACAUAUUCACAUCUGGCCGUGGCCGAAUCAACGUGUACAACGCUGAUGGUGAUGCCAUCGCUGCUUUCAAUCUCAAGGUCGGAACUGAAGUUCAAGACAUCACCAAGCGACUUCUCAACGGUACCGCAACCGGCGCAGAUGACGACAAACUGUUGAUUGCUGGUAGCGAUCCUCUGACUCAUAGCGGCGACAGGAUCUAUCAGUGGAACGAGUUCUACUCUGCUCACACCGGCGAAUUCUUUUCUGAGACCAUAUUGCCAACUUCUCUUCAGUUCAAGGCAGACAUUAGUGGCCGAGAUCCUUCCAAGUGGAAAGUAGUUGGCUGGUACUACGACGGCAACUAUUGGCCAACCACUGCCGCCUUUCGCAAAGGCGUCGAGACCUUGACUAGAAGACCAGGACCAAACGUGGAUGGAUCAUGGACCUCUACUGACCAGCAAGGCGAGAAGCUGCCGCGUGAUCAUCUGUACCCUCCCAUUUCUGUCCAGCCAGAGGGUCCACGGUUCGGGGUCGACAGAGAGCAGAACUAUGUUGAAUGGAUGGACUUCAGCUUCUUCAUCUCCAACCAAAAAGAGACUGGCUUGCAGCUUCACGACAUUCGAUACAAGGGCGAGCGUCUGAUCUAUGAACUUGGUCUCCAGGAGGCGCUUGCGCACUACGCUUCGCAGGACCCGCUACAUGCCUCAUCAGCAUAUCUCGACUCCUCAUACGGCAUUGGCACCAGCCAAUGGAACUUGGUUGACGGUUUCGACUGCCCGUCCCAUGCCACCUAUCUCAACACGACGUUUUACAUCAGCGAAACUACUCAUGUGCACCCCAACAGUCUGUGCCUCUUUGAAUAUGACACCGGCUAUCCUAUCCAGCGUCAUUUGACAUCAAACCAUGUGUCUGCGAGUAAAAACAUUGUUUUUACUAUCCGUAGCGUCUCGACGGUAGGGAAUUACGACUAUCUCUUUGAGUAUUCUUUCCACUACGACGGCUCCAUCGCCGUCACGGUUCGGGCCUCGGGCUACAUUCAGGGUGCCUUUUGGUCAGGAGACGGUGAUUAUGGCUUUCAUAUUCACGACAACUUGUCAGGGUCUAUGCACGACCAUGUCAUCAAUUUCAAGCUCGAUCUGGACAUCAAGGGCAGGAAAAACAGUCUGUUGAAAACUGAGUUUGUGCCAACUACCCAAGUCUACCCGUGGUCUGAUGGUCAGCCUAUCAACACCAUGAAGGUCAACCGCUCCUACAUCACCAGCGAAGAUGACAGCAAAAUUACCUGGGCCAAGAACGGAGCUGCUGCAUACGCCGUUGUCAAUAAGGAUAAGUUGAAUAGUUUUGGAGAGGCACCCGGCUACCACAUUUUCCCAAACAGCGGUAGUACUGCCCACCUGACGGUUCAGUCAUCCUCAGCCCUCGGUCAGUCCGCCAACUGGGCCAAUCAUAACCUCUACGCCCUUCAGCACCACGACACCGAACCAAAGAGUGCAUACGCCUUCAACAGCCACGAUCCGCAUCACCCAGCCGUGAACUUUGACGAGUUCUUCAACGGGGAGAGUCUAGACCAAGAGGACAUCGUUCUGUACUUCAACCUCGGCAUGCACCAUCUCCCCAACACGGCCGAUCUACCAAACACGGUGAUGACGACAGCUGUAUCAUCGAUGUUCAUCGCACCACAAAACUACUUUGCUAGCGACGUGUCACGGCGCACCAUUCAUCAAGCCCGGCUUUCCUACAACGAGCAUUCCAUCGUCACCGAUUCCAAGACGUUCGGGACGAAGCAGCCGACCUGUGCAUACGAUAUGAACAAAGCCGCACCCGACUUGAGCAGCUUUGUCGGGGAGAUUCAGAUUCCAAAGUUCCCAUGGAACCCAAGUGGUAGUCUGCAGACGAACCCUGGUGGCUAG